AUGAAAUAUUUUAUAGUUAAAACCUCAACGCCAAGCGCGCACUCAAAUCCCUGUCCAUUGUCUGCUUUGUCGGAUGUUAGAACAUCAUAUUCUAUCAGGUCGGGUCAGAGUGUGAUUUCUGACAGUCGAACAUUGACAGCCAAAGAUGAUAGUUCUGAUGAUGAAAGUGAUGAUGAUAAUGACAAUUUUGGUGAACACACUAUCCAGGCAGACCAGGUUUUGUCGGACGAUUCUCUUGAUGUAUGUCCCCCGGGUUUUGACGUGCCAUUACUGGAUGACUUGCUCAAUGUGACAAUCCGUGGACAUGAUGGAGAUGAGCCCACAGAAGAUGUUGGAACCCAACAACAACAACAGCAGCAACAUAAGACGACUCAACCAGAAUACAUCUCUACUGUGGAAGAAGUCAGUCCUGAAGAUGCAAUCAAGAAGGAAAAGUGUAUUGUGUUUACAGACACUCUUAUAGCUUUGAUAACAUCAUUACAUGGGAGUGUUUGUAAACGACAAGGAUGUGGCCGUGUGUUGAGCUAUAAGAAAACAUAUGUUGGAACAUGCCUGGUCGUAUCCUGGGGGUGUAGGUCUGGUCAUGUUGGAGGCAGAUGGGCAGCUCAACCCUCUUGCAACAAGAUUAGAGCAGGCAACCUCGUGCUUGCUUCUGCUUUGUUGUUGUCUGGCAAUUCCUACGCCAAGGUGGGGUUGAUGUUCAACUUCUGUAAUCUGCAGUAUUUCUCAUCAAUAUUAUUCAAUCAGUAUCAGAAGUUGUACAUCAUCCCUGCCAUUAAUGACUACUGGGAAGAACACAAACAGAAAUGUUGGAAAGAAAGAGAGAACAAAGAGGUUAUAUUGAGUGGUGAUGGAAGGAAUGACUCGCCUGGCCAUAGUGCACAAUAUUGUACUUACAGCUUGGCUGAUACCAAUGAUCGUGCCAUACUGCAAAUGAAUGUGGUUGAUGUGAGAGAAGCUGCUGGUAAGAGCAAUAAUAUGGAGAGGAUUGGGUUUGAAAGAGGGAUGGACACACUGCUUGCAUCACCAAUAGUUAUGAAGGAGGUGGUAACUGAUGGUCAUAUUGAAAUUGCUGCAUUGAUGAAAAGGGAAGAGAAAUAUAAGGAGGUCACACAUCAGAAUGAUGUGUGGCAUGGAGCAAAGAACAUUGCAAAGAAAAUCACUACUGCUGCUAAAUCUAAAGACAAUGCAGAUUUGACCUUGUGGGCACCAUCAAUAAGGAACCAUUUUUGGUAUUGUUCAAAAACAUGUGCUAAUGACUCAAAAAAUCUCAAAGAUAAGUGGAUUGGUAUUUUACACCAUGUUGUUGAUGAGCAUGAGUGGGUGUUGGAGGAAGGUGUAAAUGGUGGAAAAUGUGAACAUGAUCCUCUUAAUGAAAGUGAGAGAAAGAAGCCAUGGCUUAAGAAAGAGUCUUCUGCCCAUAAAGCACUGGCAAAGAUCAUUCUGGACACUCGCUUUUUAAACACUUUGGUGUAUUAUGUUAACUUCAGGCACACAGGAUUUUUAGAGUCCUUUCAUAAUGUAAUUUUGAUGUAUGCUCCAAAGCGCCAUGCCUAUUCAUACUCAGUAUACCAAGCUAGAAACCAGCUUGCUGCCUUGGACUUUAACCACCACAGAGGCCGAGCACCAGCAACUACAGCUGAUGGGAAAGAAAGGUACGGUCGGAAGUUCAGUAAGCGUACACAACAGUGGUGCCGUGUUCGUGUUCUUGUACCAAAAGAAUUUAGUUACAUUCCUGAACUGAUGCAGAAGGUUUUUAUAAAGAGGAUCACAUCAGAAGGGAAUGUAAACAAAAGACUUGGUAUUCAAGCAUGCUGA